UCCCUGCCUCUUAACCUUAUUGAUUCAGUGUUCGCCUUCUCUACACAACAAUCGGUUUAGCAUUCAUAACAUUCCUGUUCCUUGCGGUCUUCUCCUCUGGGAAUUGCCUGCUAUUAUAGAGCACCCCGACAGAUGGGAUGUCCCUUGACUGUGAAUUGCUGUGAUGUCAGGGCAAUGCUGUGUAUAAUUGGAUAGAUGUGCAUUGGACCCUGUUUUGCACCGAUUCUCUCAGAACUAUCAGCUGCAUCACCAGCAAAUCUCAGUCCCAGUGGGAUUAAGGCUGUGCGUGCAUUUCAUCACUCUUGCUGCCUCUAUUAAGUACAGAGCCCCAGCGACAGAAUUUAAACGGAAAUUGGGGUACGACAGUCACAGCUUUCUGUCAGAGCAAACCAGUCUGAAAGAAUUUGAGAGAUUAGACCAUGAAGGAAAAGAGGACUAUCGGACCCAAGCGCAACACACAGCUUCUGGUGGAAAUGUUGGUCUCGCAGAUACUUUGGCAACUUCUCCUUCACCUUGUCUGCCUGUGCCACGGUCAAAGGCCAGUCUUUGCCCAGCAACAGAGGUGGGAGUGGGUCACCAAUGAAGCCAUGUACAACUACUCCCCACUCUUGCCAGAUGGCACAGAAAUAACCAUCUUCCUCUUCAGAGACCUGCCACAGAGGCAUUACUUCCAGGUGAAGGACAAGAGCCCUUUCUCCAUCAGAGUGAAUCCUUGCGACGCUGCCCUUGAGUGGAGAGUCAGUGUUCAAGAGUGGCCAACACACAGCACUUAUCGCUCUGAGAAGCCGGGGACACUUGAAUGGGAUCAGGUUACCACGAGAGAUCUGUUCAGCUACAAGGGAAACACAGCGCAGACAUUCGUGCGGGCUUCAUCGCAUUCGGCCUUGCACAAUCUGGAGCUCCUUUCAACUGAGAGGGACGCCCAAAUGAGAGUCUACCUGACAACCAAGCCUGAGAACGAGCCUCCAACCCCAGAGUUGCCAUUUGACUCUCGAGUGAACGUUGCCUCUGUGGGGCAGAGGACCGUGACCCUGGCCUGGAAGCCCAGCCCAUCAGUGUUGCAUGAUGAGCACAACAUUCAGUAUUGUCUCUUGGUCAACCAGAAGCACAACUACCAAAGUCUCUGCGCUGCCCAAAACCAGGUGGAACUUUGGCCAGAUCUGCCAGUGGUGACCAUCUACUCUGGAGGUCAGGAGAUCCAUCUCACCAGAACGGAAGAUAUUCAACUCUCUGCCAGUCUUAGCCAUCCAGUCUCCAUGGAAGCAAAGAUAGAUGUCACACAACUCUGUGUCGGUAACAGAAAUAUCUAUUCAGUAUUGGACUUGCUACCCAACUCCCUUUACUACUUUGAUGUGUUUGUUGUUAAUGUCCUCGCCAACACUAGCUCUGCCUAUAUUGGCACCUUUGCAAAAACAUUACAGUGGCCAGAUCCAUACAUUCUCGAUUUGAAGGAAGGAAUCAUGGCCCAGGUUUACAUCCAGAAGGACAGACAGAAAUUCUAUAGCUUCAGGCCCAAGAGCUGGCAUAGAAGGGUGCAAUUUACAUUCCACUCAUGUGGAAAACUGUAUGUUACAAUCGAAAGAAAUGGUAAACUAAUUGUGUCUGAAAGCACAAAUAACCUAAAGCAUUUUAAGCUGAAAGGAAAAUCUAAUGCAAAAUACAUAAUUGGGAUCAAAUCCAUGGAGGCCUCGGAGGUCCUUGUGAAGAUUCUGGUAUCCACACGUCCCAACAAAUCUCUCUUCCCACGACUCCCGGACAGCCUUAAAGUGAAAUCCUACAAUAGGCUCAGAACCUGCAACUCUGUCACUUUGGCUUGGCUGGCAACGAGUGAGCAAAACAGGUACUGCCUCUACAAAAGGGAGAUGGAGGAACAAACACUGGAAAUGGAAAGAAAGCAGCAAAAUGGGUGCCUUGGCCCAGAGACACGCAGCAUUUCAGAGAAUGUGGGCUGCAAGUAUUUUCACCACCUCCACGCUCAGCGUGCAGUAGCAGUGCAGAAGGUCACAGGGCUGAAGGCAAGGACCACCUACCUAUUCGAUAUCUAUGUGAUUGGGCACAAGGGUCAUGCCGUCAAAUACCAAAGUAAGGUGGUAAAAACAAGGAAGGCAUGUUAACUUCACCCAGCUUCAGGGUAAACACUAUUACAAGUGUCUGUCUAAGAAAAUAGAGGGAGCCAGCACCCUUCUGGCAAGUUGCAAUCAAUUAUGCAACCAACACUGCACCACCAUGUUAUCAAAAACAACAUCGCUGUCUGCAAAUUAUAUUGUGGGACCCUCCCUGCACAUUUUGCCAAAUUCUACAGCUUCCUCCAAGUACACCUGUAACGUUUUCUGGAGUAAGUGUGCAUAGAGAACUUUCAUUAGUACACAAGAACAGGAAGAGAAACUCUUGUAUUUCUGUUGACCUUUCAUGAAGUGCUUCUGAAGUAACGUCACAGACAAAAUAGGAACAAUUCCAAUGGGCAGGAGGCUCUCCCCAGACAUUAUCACAUCUCCCAGCAUUACAUGAAACCCAGCUUGAGAUUACAUGAAGAAGGGUCCCAACCAGAAACGUCACCCAUUCAAUUUCUCCAGAGAUGCUGCCUGACCCACUGAACGUCUCCAGCACUUAGCGUCUCUCUUUGAGGUUGCAAGACUUUGAUGUCUGACUGAACUAACUUGUAUUACAUUUGUUUUUGCUGUCCUGAAAAGUUUGUGUGGUUGCCGGUGUAUAGAGUGGGAGUGUAUCAGACAGCAUUGAAUGAGAGUGAACCAGGGAUUUUAAAUGGAACCUUUUAAUUAGGUUUUGAGAAAACAUGGACUUUGUGCUUUUGAGGAAAACACUUCAACCCAACUCAGGCAGAGGGUUCAAUAAUUGAACAAAGGACCUUGCCUCAGAUGAGCAGCAGGGGCAGACCACUUUAGAAACCCACAUCGUGGAGAUUUAUCAAUUCUGUUCAAUUUUGCUUAGAACCAUAGACAAAUAGGUUCAGGAGUAGACGAUUCGGCCCUUCGAGCCAGCACCUACAUUCAAUAUGACCAUUGCUGAUCAUCUAAAAUCAGUACCCCAUUCCUGUUUUUACCCCAUAAUCCCUUGAUUCCUUAAAAUUCAUGAAUGUUAGUAAGGCUUGUAUUUCAAUCUAUGGUUAAAUCAUCAACUAUUUAUGCAUUUGUCUCGAUAUAACUUUUGCAAUUUAAUAAAAGUAAUCAAACA